CUGCAGGAGCGAGUGAGUGAGAGAGUUGAGGAACCUUGUCUUAGUACACUAGUGGACUCGCGCGUGGCAGGACGUGGGUGCCCGAGUACAGGUCCCGAACACACUCGCCCUUCCACGUGGGAAACAAGUGCCUCUGCCUCGUGGGGUGCCAUGUGACGGGCUUCCUUCCCCGCCCUCUUAAGUGACUCUAUGGUGCCGACUCUUGGAUUUUGGUGACGGACUGAAACGUGAGUGGAUAGUCGGGGGGACUUCGCUAUAUGCUCGUCGUCCUGCCGGGAGUGCGAAUACUCACAGUUCCUCUCGCAGACACUCCUCCGCGGCGCCAUGGGGACCCCAGUGCCUACCGAAACGAAGGACAACAGUGCCACCGACACCGGAAGUGCUUCCGUUGAUGGACACGGUAACGGGCAGCGCGGGAUGACCUGGUGCCCCCCGGCCUCACCUCCGCCGCUGGGGCCCGCGACGUCUUCUCCGCCCGCCCAUCAGUCCUCCUCCUCCAGCCUCACGGACACCCUCAGCUCCUCCCUCAGUUCGCUCUCGAGGGUCCAGGCGGCCUUCCCCCUGCUGCAGUCGCUGCCGUUCCUCCCCUCCGUGGCCGGGAAGUCGUCGGCGCCCCUUGGUGUGGAUCCCCGCGUGAUGGGGAUGCUGCAGAGCUACGGGUCCCUGGGGCAGCUGCCGUGGGCCGCCCUGGGCGCCAGCGGCGACCUGGCCCUCAACCGCCUGCUCCUGACCCCCGGAGGCCGCCUGAGCCGCCCCAAGAAGCGCUACAUCUGCAAGUAUUGCCAGCGGGAGUUCACCAAGAGCUACAACCUGCUGAUCCACGAGCGAACCCACACGGACGAGCGCCCCUUCCCGUGCGACGUCUGCGGAAAGGCCUUCCGGAGGCAGGACCACCUCCGCGACCACAAGUACAUCCACAGCAAGGAGAAGCCCUUCAAGUGCGACGUGUGCGCCAAGGGCUUCUGCCAGGCGCGCACGCUCGCCGUGCACAAGGCCCAGCACGCCCACGAUUCCCUCCGGACGCCGACGUCGCUCCCUUCGCCCACUUCGUCCUUCAGAAACCUGGACCUGAAGGACAGACUCGCGCCGUACCCGACCCUGGCGCACCUGCACAGAACCCUCGCCUCCGAGCUGCGGGUCUUUCCCGCGCCGACUGUGUCCCCGCCCACCCCCCUCCCGCCCCACUCCCUCAGCCCUCACGCCCGCGAGGGGAACGAACGAGAGACGGACAGACUUCGGGACAACGAGAGAGGCGUCGAGGGGCGUCGGAGAGAGGACGCGCGCGAGGUCAUCUUCGUCAUGGCCGGAGACACCGCCGAAGUCGCCGAGGAGAAGGCCCUUGACCUGACCGUCUCGCGGAAGCGACCGCCGACGCCGCAGGUGGACCACAACCGCAACGAGAUCCCUCUCGAGAAGGGCGCCGGCGCGGACGGAGGGGCCAACCCCGUUCAGGUCCCCGACGGGCGGUCCGGCGGCCGUGCCAUGACUUUUCCCAUGGGCACGCUCAUGUCGAAGUGAUGUCGACAUCGACUGUGAUAAAAUGCUAAUGUAACUGAAGCGUGAGAUCAUACCUGUGUAUACGUGGAUGUGUAUACGCGCAGCAGUGUGAUCCUGAAUGUGCCGGUGAACCAGAAUGUACAGUUGUACACAUGUGCGAGACGGGUAUGUGUACCUACCUAGAUAUAUGUGCGCUCAUGUACCUUAAAAAAGGAGUAAUUGUGGAGAAACACUUAGUGUAUAAAUAUUUUACAUAUCACAUAUUCUGAACGACUGUCCUCGUGAUCUUUUGUACAUAACGAUGGAACGAAGGGUACGUUUUGUGUGUGCUGAGAUGUGAACAGAUUGUUCAGAAGAACGUUCUAUUUAAUUCACCUGUGCUCGUGAUCGGAGAAUUAGAAUGAAUGAGUGUGGCUGUUACAUAUUAAAUUAUAUCGUUUUAUUUUUUACUGAAUAAAGGGCACGUUAAAUU